AGUGCCGUGCCAGUGCGAUUCGUAGGUUCGCCGCACAAGCACGUGCUCGUGGGUGCGUGUGCUGCUCGGGCUCGGCUAAGGCUGUACGCGCGCGCGCGCGCGCUCGCACACACAUCUAUUUCACGAGAUCUUCUCUAUUCCACGAGCGUCACGUUCUCGGCGAUAGUUGGGCUGUUUUUUUUUUUGUUUUUGUUUUUGUGUGCAGAUGCGCCCCCAAAUGCUUCUGGAGGGGUGACGGUCCCCCUGGCAUCUCAUCUGGCGGGACAGCAAAGAGACAAAUCGUGCAGUGCAGGUGCUGAUACGGACAAUUGACAAAUUUGCCCAGCACAGCAAUAUACAACUACCAACCACUACCAUCACCACCACACGCCGCCAAUCUCCGACGGUAUGAACAUGAAGAAGUUCAUGACGACUACGAAAACGCCAGCAGCGGUAGCAACAGUUGCGGGUUCGUCGCCAUCACCACCGGCAGCGUUCGUCUGCGAGACCAUGCCGCUGCAGGGAGCCGUCCGCAACGGCAGUCCAGCGUCCAGCGAGCGCACCGAGGACCCCGCCACAUCUGGACCACCUUCAACUCCUACGCCAACUUCAACCGCCACUGGCCGGCCGGGUGCGCCGCUGGACGAACCGCUGGCCACAACACAAGGCGCGGCAAACGCGAAAGGUUCCUGCUCGCUCGGCCGAGGCGCACCGUCGACGGUGGGCGACACAGCGUCCACCUCCACAUCCUCCUCGACCGGGGUGGUGAAGAUGUGCGGCUAUUUGAAGAAGAAAAGAAACAAAAUGGGCGGCUGGCGCAAGCUGUUCUUCAUACUGCAGAACCAGCUGCUGCUGUCGUACUCGUCCCGGGACGACUACGAGAAGAAGCUCGCCCCGUUCAAGGACAUCAUCAACCUGGUGCCGGGCACGAUCAUCAUCCCAACCACUGGGCCGCGCUUCACCAUCGAAACGAACUCGAAGCUAAUGUACACAUUCCGCUGCGACGAUCACCGGAGCUGCUCCGAAUGGAUAAUGGCCCUGCUGGACAGCCUCACCGUGGCGAACGGCGGCCACGGUACGGACCGUAACUUCAGCUUACAUAAUGGUUUCCACCGGUCCACGCUGCCGAUGACGUCCUACUCACUGCCGGCCCUAAGCUGCCAGCCAUUCGCCGGGCCGGUUGGCCGGCUGGGCGGACCGACGCUGGCGCUCAAGAAGCGGGCCCCUGAGCCACCGAUGGUGCGGUCUGGGCCACCGAAGCCACCGCGCAGCUUCCCGGAGCCGGAGGUGCACGAAUCGAACGACGAAGAUGAUCUCAACAACAACCACGUGCUGGGCGGGAGCCUUACCAGACUGGACGGCCCGUCCAAGUCAAGAGUGGCCAGUGCGCAGAUGACCAGCAGAGGUGGAGAUGAGGGCGAUAGUGGCCGGUCGGAGUCUGCUGCCGGCGAAUCGAGCGCUCCCGCCGCCGAGACGAAGGGUGCCGAUCGCUUCGAGGGUGUCGAUGAGGAGGGCGUUGUGGCACCGGCCGCCCCCGGACGACCCCGGCCCGAAGGGAGGGAGGAAGGGCUGGAACGUGCCGCUCGGCCGAGGCAGCAGAUCUUUCGACUGCACCAGGACGUUUGGAGCCAAGCUCACCGCCAGUCGAUGGACGUGUGUCGCAUCAACAGCAUGUUCAGCGAGCGGCAGCCGGCACUGACCCGGGACGGUACGGCCAGUAGCGCCAGCUCGGCUGGAGUAAGCUUCCCCCCAGCCGUCGCCUGCGAGGCGCAUCUGUACGAGGAUGUCGGUGGGCCGUGCCCGGCGCUGGAGCCGGAACCCAUCUACGCCGUGGUGGACGUGCGGGCGAAGCGAUCCCGGCGGCUUGCCCGCACUCUGCACCCGACGACCGCCACGCCGGCCGGAAGCGAACGUACCGACGGUGGCGGUGGCGGCAAUCGGAAGGUGUCCGUCUCGCUGCCCCAGAUAUCGGACGGCGUCGAGCUGGCCACCGGCACCGAGCGGCGACCGGUGACGGCCCGCAGCUGCAGCAACUACGACGACUACGAGGACGUCAACUAUCUGUUCGUCUCGGGCCAUCAGCGGCGGCCGGCGGCCGGCACCGAGACGGACAGCUUGGGAACGGACGGGUCGCGGGAGCAGCUGGCCGCGCGCCCCGAAUCCUACGGGGAGGAGCACAUCUACGAGCCGAUACUAGUCGCCGAACGGAUACCGACCGUCCCGACGAGCGGAUCCUCCUCGUCCCUGCCUGCCCCUGCCACCGACCAGCAGCAGCACCAUCACCGCAGCCUCUGGCGGCACCUGAAGCGCAUGCAUCUGCAGGGCUCCUGGCGCCGGCUGACGCACCGACACGCCUCCGGCAGCCCCAAGCCGGACCUGGACGGCCGCUCGACGACCGCGACCGCACUGGAGGGGCUGGGCCGCCGGCUCGACAGCCACCGGCGGUCGAUCAAGAAGCGCAUCAAGAAUCUGUGCGAACGCAUCGAUCCCGUCGGCACGAGCGCGUCCGCGACCAGCCAUCGCCAGCCGGAGGGAGGCGACGAAGCCGACGCCACCGCCGCUGCCGCCACUGAGCAAAUCGCCGAAUCGUCCAGCGGGGUCGGGUCGAGGAAGUCCGUAUCGCUGGACAGCUUUCUGCUAGCGACCGGCCAACAGCAAGCGUCCGUGCCCAGGUGUUAGCGCACUCGGAGGACGUCACGUGGCGCCACGGCAUUGACGCCAAACGUCUCCGCACGGCUCGUCGCGGGCCACAGGCAGCUGUAUUUUAACGCAAAGCGAGAUGGGGUGCGGGGUGCGGCAAGGAGGACAGCAUCUUAGGAGGUUAGGAUUUUAACUUAGGAUGAGCCUUUACGGCUACGCGCUCGUCUGCAACGAGACAAGCGAAACACAUUGUGCUAUUUUAGUGUUUUUUUUUUUAACAACUGACAACAAAACUCUCUAUAAAAAAAGAACAGUGUGUACUUCUUCUUUCCGUGCCUUUCUGGCUUUUCUUAAUAGUGAUGGGAAAAAUGAAGUCUUUGUCGGAAUCGAUUGCAGCAUCGGAAUCGGCUGCGGCAUUAAUUCCGAGUACGGAGGUCCGAUUCCGAGCUCCCACCACUAUUUCUUAACUCGUGCAACACCAUUUGCUUUGUUUUUGUCUCUCUCUGUGUUUUUGUUUUUCCUCUUUUUUCGCUUUAUUGCUUUUCUUGUUCAGUUUACAACCUUCUUCCACUUAAGAUUCUUCCAUCUUGUUUUUCCUCUCCUCUUGUAUAUAUAUCUAUACACAGCUUCCUUCUGCUAGCACACGUUCGUGUGUGGGUGUUUGUGAUUCUUUUGCUUCUGUUUCUGUUGCUUGAGUGUACUUUACGGUCACGUGUCCUUUUCUUGCCUUUUUCUAGUUUGAUUUUAUCAAUAAUGUUCAUUUGCCUAUACCAUACACACACACACACGCGCGCGCACACACACGCACCCUAAACCAAGCGCGGGUGGUGUGCGGCGGGGGUGUGCGAGGAACAGAUAAAAAUUAAAUUAAAAAUAAAACAACAGUCGCCCCCUUCUUCUUCCGCUUCUUCUUUUGCUUGCCGAACGUGCGAGCGAGGUGGCUGGAAGCCGGUAAAAAGGCAUACGAGACGCAGUGGCCCUGGGAUCCUCUCUUCGUGCUCCGCAUGCUCCUAACGCUCUAUAAAUUGUCAUUAUGCAUAAUAAUACCUUUCUUCGUUUAUUUAUAUAUUUACACAACACCUGUUACUGCUUUCUUUGCCUGCUAGUAGCCCCCCCCCCCCCUGUCUCCUCUUCUCUUCUCUCCCCAUCCCCCUAAACCUUUCCUGUUUGUGUGCCGCCUUUGGGGGGUUUGGAGCCUGCGCGCCCCGUGAUACCGUUGAAGAGAGGUUUCUUGUAUCAUUUUUAAAUAAAAAAUAAUAAUAAUAAACCACAAACGCAAAACGUCUAAAGAAGCAAACAUUAUCACGCGCACAGAGUGAAGUCGUUUUAUCGCUCACUUCCAUCUGCUUUCGUUUUUUUGCUUUUUGUUUUUUGAUAACCCUCAAAAACACCGUUUGCCUUUUUAAAAUCGCUUGCGCCGUUAUUUUUUUAACCGUUUCUUAUAAUUAUAUUUGUUUGUUAAGUAAAGCAGGCUGCUAAUGUGUGAUUCUAUUUGUUAAGUAUUGUGUACCUCCUGUUUUGUGUGAGUGAGUGUGAAAACCCACCCAAAACAACCCACCACCACCCACGAAAAGCCACCACCACUACCCCCACCCAAGAUGCAUUUCAUAUGCCGGACCGUGCAUAAACAACGUUUUGAUCAGAAGUAACAAAACAAAACCGUACACGAUUCACUAUCGAUAAUGCCGGAAUGUUACACACUGGAAGAGAAAGAAAGAA